GUUUGUUCGCACCGUUGCGGCCGUUUUGUAUUAUAAAAUUUGAAAUUGUAACUCAGAAAAGUUUCGGCCGACAACUCGAUCUAAACAUCAUAUGCAUGUCGGCAUUGUGUUAACUUGGCUGUGUUUUGGCUUUUAAAACAAGGGACUCGGCCGUUUUGAGAAAAUCAUAUCCCAAUGCUGACCUGCCAACGACGUAACGGAAGAAACAUAUGACCAGUAAAUACAUAAAAACAAACAUAGAUACGUGCAAAGUCAAACAACUGCCGCUUACUGCUGAAAACGAGUAGCACUAAAAUGCAGAACUCCCAAUCGUCUUGCGCGUGGUAUCUGCCAUGGUCUUUGGCGGCGCAGCAGCAUCAGCAGAAAAUAAUGCAAAUGCAGGCGCCGUUUUUGGAUAAAAUGGGAGCUUCUUCGUUGGGCGGUGGUAUUUUCGCCACUCAGCCUCAAGUCCAACAACAGCUCUCACCAAACACGGCAGCAGCUCCUCCGUCGAACUACCAGCAGCCGACUCUGCAUCCUAGCGCAGCAGCCGGUACCCACUUCCCGCAUAUGAGUUCCGCAUAUAAUUUUGGGCCAACACUACUGGGUGCAACCCAAGUUGGGAGCUACCCAGGGCAGCUAAAUCCGUGUCCCCAGUCACAUCCCCACAGCCACACACAAGCUCAUUUGAUGCCAUCUUCCAUGUUCUCGUCAUUGCCUGUGAGUGCAUACUAUGCACCAGCUUCGGGCGUCCCCGUGGCCGCACAACAAACACUUAUGGCACCAGCUGCAUCAGGAUUGACCCAUCAGACGUCGUCUCUGUCCAUGACAGUACAACCAGCACCGCGAGCAUCCUCGUCGGCAUGCGCACUCGUUCAGACACUAAAUUGUCUGCCACCAGAUUUUCAUCACCUGUCGUCGAUUAACCUGAGCAACAUCAUUGGACUGAGGAACCAAGGAGCUGCUCUCUCAUCCAUCAAAGUUGUACCAAAUGUGGAAAUGUUAAAAAAAAAGGAUAUAUCUAACCGGGAGUCAGAGAUCGAGAAACUCAAAAUACCAGAAAAGAGGAAAACUGAUAAUAGCGAUCCAGUUAAGGAUUUAAAAAAAGCCAAACUAGAAACAAAGGCUCUGAAAGCCAAAAGACCGGGAUUUACGGAUGAGCGGUAUCAAGAAACAUCCUACUAUAUUGAAAAUGGUCUUCGGAAAGUCUACCCUUACUACUUCACCUUUACGACGUUCACGAAAGGACGUUGGGUGGGGGAAAAGAUUCUGGAUAUAUUUGCUCGAGAGUUUCGCGCACACCCAUCUGAAGAGUACGAACGUUGCAUUCAAGCAGGAACACUGACAGUUAACUUUGAGAAAGUCCCCAUUGACUACAGACUAAAACACAAUGAUCUUCUCGCUAAUAUAGUUCACAGACAUGAAGUUCCUGUGACAUGUCACCCAAUAAAAAUUGUGCAUAUGAAUGAGGACAUUGUCGUUGUAAAUAAGCCUGCAUCAAUACCUGUACAUCCUUGUGGCCGCUAUAGGCACAAUACUGUUGUUUUCAUACUCGCAAAGGAAUUCAACCUCAAGAAUCUGCGCACAAUACACAGGCUUGACCGGUUGACAUCUGGCCUAUUACUGUUCGGACGGAGCCCAAAGAAGGCACGGCAAAUGGAGCAGCAAAUUCGCAAUAGACAAGUGGAAAAAGAGUAUAUCUGUAGAGUGGAGGGAAUUUUUCCAGAUGAAAUCCUGGAAUGCAAGGAACCCAUUGAGGUAGUAAGUUACAAAAUAGGAGUGUGUAAAGUCUCGCCACGAGGAAAAGAUUGUACCACAACCUUCCAAAAGCUUUCGCAAAAUGGCAAAACUAGUGUGGUACUGUGCAAACCCCUUACCGGACGGAUGCAUCAGAUCCGAGUUCACUUGCAAUAUCUAGGUUAUCCGAUUCUUAACGAUCCCCUAUACAACCAUGAAGUCUUCGGCCCCUUGAAGGGUCGUUUUGGAGAUAUCGGUGGAAAGUCAGACGAUGAGCUUAUACGCGAUCUCAUUAAUAUCCACAAUGCGGAGAAUUGGCUGGGAAUAGAUUAUGAAUCCGAUAUAUCUAUAUUUAAAAAUUCUAAGGACGAAACAGAUGGCGAGAGCCUUAGUAGCGAACAAACUUUCGCUGUUCACCAUAGCGACGACGACGGUUGUGCAAAUUCGCGCGAAACUACUCCGCCUUGCUUGGAGCCUCUCCGAGCUGAAGUAGACUCCAAGAAAUUAGAGCCUCCCAACGCUUCCAAGGAAUUUGUAGGUACUGAUCUAAAGGACCCUAGCGAAAUUUCUUCAUCACUGGAGUUAUCCGAUACUAUCCACGCUGUCGAAGGUGGGAAUGCGGAUGUUGGAAUAAAGCUAAAUAAAAUCACAACAGAUGCACAUUGUUAUGAGUGCAAGGUUCACUACCGUGAUCCCAAGUCUAAGGACCUUAUCAUGUAUCUGCACGCCUGGAAAUAUAAGGGUCCUGGAUGGGAGUACGAAACUGAAUUUCCUUAUUGGGCUCGCCGAGACUGGGACUCAGAGUCUACUUAAGUAGCAACAAUUAUAUACCAUAACAGAGGGUGGUGACAAAAAAAUGACAAAGCACAGAUGAAAGCAUCUUGGACCACAUGAAGUAUAUGAUUUCUGACAAGAAUGACCAACAAUAAGUCUUUUUCUGCAAGAGAUAAUGUCUCUUUUUAUGAAAAGAAUGUAUUUAAAUGAUGUAUUUCUAUAACCAAGUCAUAAUGUCAACAAAUCGGCCUAGCUUUCAUAUAGAAAAGAUAUAGGCAUAUACAUAUAUAUUUAUCUGCAAGGGUAUCAAAUGCUUCGGGCCACGGAGCAAGCCUUCCUUUGAAUUAAUAAGUUAAUAAAUGUACAUAUUAAGUUAAUAUGAACUUAGAGAUACGCACAUACAUAUGUAUACCGUAAAAGUCCACGUGGGCCCAAGAAAAAAUAGAACAAAGUAAUUAUAAAAAUUAGAAAAUUCAAAUUGUGCCUUUAAGAUUGAAUGUACACAUGUAUGUACAUAAGUAUGUGUUGAUAUAUUUUUAUGUUAUUUAUAUAUAUAUAUACCUAAAGACAUUUGGUUAUGUUCAAUGUGGGUACGAAAACCAUGAUGAUAAAUCUGCCUGUUUUUUUCUUAAAAAUUAUAUCGUUUCUAAAGAACAGUGAAGUUUCAAAUAAAUCAUAAAGUGAAUGAGCUGAAAAGACAUGUAAAAACAAUUUAAAGCAUUUAUUGCUGACGAUAAGCAAUCACAUGUUUUGUGCAUACAUACAUCCAUAAAUAUGUGUGUAUGAAAAGUACACCCCAGUGAGCAGUGGGUGAUAAAAAGCUGACUCAAUGGCCAGUCCUAUUCAAAUGGCGAGGAGUUAGUACAAAUUUUUGUUCGCAAUGGCCCUUCCAAUGAAACUUCCUUAUUGUAAAACAUUGUAAAUUCAUGUAGUUGCCGCAGUCUUAACCUCAUUCUUAUUUCAAAUUUAAGCAGUCAUAUUUAUGGUCAUAUUAGGAAAUUUUAAUUUAAAACAAAUUUAAUUAGGUAAAUUAAUCCUUCAAUAUUGAGGAGCAUGCAAUCAACAACACUACAUAGAUGAAAGCCAAUCAAAUACUAUUAAAAGUAUUCAUUUGUCAACAUUAAAUUAGCUACAUCCUACAUUUAAAUAAGCAUCAAGCAAUAUACGUACAUAUU